GUCAGUUUAUGGCAACGGAUCCGUUAGUUUAACACACUUUUUCUUGAAGCGAACAAGUUGAGCGUGGCUUUGCGAAAUAAAACCCGAAAAUGUGCGACUACCAGAGGGAGUACUCCUUUGUUUUUGACGACAGCUCCUGCGAGGGCGACGUCUCGAUGGCUGUCCACGACAGUGGAUUCGAGUCCUUGUGGCAGCAGGUGGGCGAGGAGAUGCGAAGGGAGCGGGAGAUGAACGAGCUCGGCCAACUUUUCCAGCAAAACUUGACCCUGAGUCCGCCGGCCUACGCAGAUCAAUGGAGAUUCUAGUGCAACGACCACCCAGAGCCAGCUCAUUGUGAUAUUUGUACAUAUAUAUAUAUAAGCCAUACCAGCCAUACCUUCGAUGGAGCAUUUUUGACAAGUGCUCGCACUUUUUACAUUAUACCUACCAGCCCGAAACGGUUUUUGUAUACUUCUGUUCAUGCGUAGUUUAUGAAGUCACCAUGUCCGUGUUUUCAAAUGUUUGCUUUCGUGAAACAUCGCUUUGUUUUGUCACUUUACCAAGUAAUCAAUUUGUACCAAACACAUGAUUGUCCUAGAUCCUAAAUUGGCAAAUGUCUUGCCUUCGAUAUCGUAAAUGAAUUUGUUAGCCUACGAGCACAUAAGGUAUACAAGAGCGCAAAGGGAAAAGUUCGAAAUUUGUCAAAUACUUACCCAAAACGAUUAAAAUAAAUUUGCCAUGUACGUAUAAAGUAA